AUCAUGGUAUUUACAACAUGAGACCCAGAAGGACAAGCUGAAGAGGGAGGCAUCAGCUGGUCAGCUUGAGUUGAAGAUGGAAAAAAAAUUAAAAGAGAUAUUAAGACAGGAGAUGAAACAACUAGAGGAGAAACUGGAUGAUAUGACCCAGGAAGUGAGAGAGAAAGACACCCAACUGGAUGAUAUGACCCAGGAAGUGAGAGAGAAAGAGAGACUCCUGGAGGAGAAGAACCAGAUAAUGGAACAGAGGGAGAAACUAUUAGAAGAGAAAGAAAACCAACUGGAAGAGAAAGACAAGCAACUAAAGGAAAGAGACAUUCAACUAGAGGCUCUGAGAAAGAACCUGCAGCACAAGAACAGCCAAGUAGAGACCUUUAGAGUCCUACUGCAGGAAAAAGACCUUCAACUAGAGGACAGAAACCACAAGGACAGACUACUGGAAGAGAGAGACAGACGACUGGAAGAGAAAGAGGACCAACUAAAGGAAAAAGACCUUCAACUUGAAGACAGGAACCACAGACUGGGAGAGAAGGACACACUACUGGAAGAGAGAGACAAACAACUGGAAGAGAGAGACAGACGACUGGAAGAGAGCGACAAACUACUAGAGGGAAAAGAAAAUGAACUGAAAGAGAGGAGACAGGAAGUAGAAGAGAGGAGACAGGAAGUAGAAGAGAAAGACAACCUACUAGAGGAGAGAGAGAACCAGUUAAAGGAGAGAGACAAACAGGUGGAGGAUGUCAACAAUGAAAAUGCUGAACUGGCUCAACAGAUAUGUGAUGUGAAGACUGAGGUAGAGAGACUGAGAAGAGAGAUCUCAGCCCAGAUGACUGAACAUGGAGAGAUGGCAGAUACAGGAUCCAUACUCCCAGUCAGGAGGAGACACAGCCUGGACCAUCCUCCACUUAUGGGAGGAGAGUCCUCAGAUACAGACCCUACACUUCCACUGAGGAGGAGAAACAGCAUGGAGUUAAAUCCUCCACAUAGUGAGUUAUGGAUUGGGGGAGAGAGCAGCACUCCAGACUCCCCAGUGUCUCCCAGUGUGUCUGAGCUGAGACUGGUGCUGCUGGGGAGGACUGGGGCUGGGAGGAGUGCAGCAGGAAACACCAUCCUGGGCAGAGAGGAGUUUGGGGCCCAGGCCAGCCCCUCUGCAGUGACCCAGAGGAGUAAGAGGAGAGAGGGGGACGUGUGUGGGAGACGGCUGGUGCUGGUGGACACUCCAGACUGGUUCUGUCCUGGACAGGAUGUGGGGCACUGUGUCCGUCUGUCUGCCCCGGGACCCCACGCCUUCCUCCUGGUCAUACCAGUGGAGCCCUCUAAGGGGGAGGAGAGAGGGGUGCUGGAGAGAAUAGAGGAGAUGUUUGGGGAGGGUUGUUGGGAACACACUGUGAUUCUAUUCACCCAUGAUGAUGGACUGAAAGAGCAGAGCAUUGAGGAGUUUCUCCAAGCAGGAAGUCAGGACCUCCAGCAGCUUGUAGAGAAAAGUGGGAGCAGGUACCACGUCCUCAACAUUAAGGACAGGGCCCAUGGCACUCAGGUAUCAGAGCUGCUGGAUCAGGUAGAGGAGAUGGUGGCAGGAAACAGAGAGAGAUUCUACAGCAGUCAGACCUACCAGGAGGCAGAGGACCAGAAUCAGACCUUACAGAGGAAACACAGAGAGCUGUCUGAGACCUGGGGUCUGCUCUGCUCUCUACUCCACCAUGCACCCUAA